AUGUACAUAACGUUCCAGAAGAAGGAAGAGGUGAUUGAUGCCUUUGAAAGCAUUGGGAUGCAAGAGACGCUCAACACGCACUUUGCCCACUUGGUCGGAGCUGCCCGGGAGAUUGCACGAAAGAAAGUGUAUGGUUGGAUUAAACAACGAGAUCACAUCAUGAAAAUGGCCUCUUGCCCACGCACUUCGACCUACAUGACCACGCGCACGACCGGCACAGGAACGACUCUGCCGUCAGAAGUCGAGGAGCAGCUGGCACGAUGGGUCCAAACCAUGCGUACCGACGGAGUGCCUGUGACGCCAAAGAUGCUUCAGCUCAUGGCAUUGGAGUAUGCAGUAGACGUUGGGCUUACCGAGUCGGAGUUUCUGGCGAGUUGGCAUCAAGAAGCGAUUCAACUUGUCGACGCGCUGCAGGACCCGCCAAGGACGAUCAACCAGCGUGGUGAGAGAACCGUGUGGGUGCGGUGUGGAGGCAAGACGAAAGACCGUGCGACCGCAAUGGUCAUGGGGGACUCUGCUGGCAACAAGUAUCCCCUCUUCGCGGUACUGACGACAGCGCAGUCGAAAAUGAACGCCGUCGUUCAAGAGAACUUGACCAUGCGCCAUGGUUUCGGGAAGACGGUUUGGCGACAAGUGCAGCCACUACAAGAUGAGAUGUGA